AUGGAAUUCCUUGGGCAUCUCCUUCUUGCUGCACUUCUAGUUACUUUUCAUGUGCUUGCAGCAAAUGCCCAACACCGUGGAGUAUUUCCAAGUGCUCGUGCCUUAAAUAAAAUUGAUCGUAGUGCUGUCCCCUUAUCUCCAAGCUUUGGUAUAGAUGUACUCAACCGGAGCAGUUUUCCCAAAGGGUUCAUCUUUGGGGCUGCAUCUUCUGCUUAUCAGGUUGAAGGCGCUUGGAACAUUGAUGGCAAAGGUCCAAGCAACUGGGAUGUUUUCACUCACAAAUUCCCAGGUAAAAUUUCAAAUGGCAGUAACGGAGAUGUGGCAGCAGACUCCUACCAUCGAUAUAAGGAGGAUAUCAAACUCUUGAAGGAAAUGAAUGCAGAUUCUUAUCGCUUCUCAAUUUCUUGGCCUAGAGUAAUUCCUCAUGGCAAGAUUAGCAAAGGCAUAAAUGAGAAAGGAAUUGAGUACUACAAUAGGCUCAUAGACGAAAUUCUUGCUCAUGGUUUAAAGCCAAUUGUGACAAUUUUUCACUGGGACUUGCCCCAAGCCUUAGAUGAAGAGUAUGGAGGCUUCUUGAGUCCUAAAAUUAUAAAGGAUUUUCAUGACUACGCAAAUCUACUGUUUGCGAGGUUUGGUGAUCGAGUGAAAGAUUGGAUCACAUUCAAUGAACCUUGGACCUUUAGUUCAAAUGGUUAUGAUAGUGGAUCCUCUGCUCCUGGUCGAUGUUCUGCUUGGAUGAAUAAUAACUGCACCAGUGGAAAUUCAGGGACAGAACCCUACUUGGUGGCACACCACCAACUUUUGGCUCAUGCUGAUGUAGUUAAAUUAUACAGGAGAGUGUAUCAGGCUCGCCAAAAAGGACAAAUUGGGAUUACACUAGUCGCUGAAUGGAUGGUGCCAUUUUCAAAUUCACCUCUUGAUCAACGAGCAGCCAUUCGUGCCCUUGAUUUCAUGUUUGGAUGGUUUAUGAACCCUUUGGUAUAUGGUGAUUAUCCCGCUUCAAUGAGAAUUCUUGUCCGCGACCGACUUCCCAAAUUUACACCAAAGCAAUCUAAAGAACUGAUAGGGUCAUAUGAUUUUCUUGGAUUAAAUUACUACACAGCUAAUUAUGCUGCCCAUGUUACAACUCCUCCAAAUAAGGUGAAUUUAAGCUAUAGCACAGACCAGCGAGUUAACCGUACAGCGAGCCGCAAUGGGAAGCUCAUUGGCGCACAGGCUGGUUCAACUUGGCUUCAUAUUUAUCCAAAAGGGAUUUGGGAUCUCCUUCUUUAUGUAAAAACAAAAUACAAAGAUCCAAUCAUUUACAUUACAGAAAAUGGGGUUGAUGAAGUAAAUAAUCCCACAUUACCACUUAAGCAAGCUCUUCAAGACAGCUUUAGAAUCCGAUACUACUAUCAGCACCUUCAGUAUGUCCGAAAAGCAAUCAAAAAUGGUGUUAGGGUGAUGGCAUACUAUGGAUGGGCAAUUAUUGACAAUUUUGAGUGGAGUGCUGGAUAUAGUGUCCGUUUUGGAAUCAAUUAUGUGGACUAUAGUACCUUAAAAAGAUUCCGUAAGCUCUCUUCUUACUGGUUUGAGAGAUUCCUCCGCAAGUAA